CCACGGAGGUCGGACCCACACCGGACCUCUCUCCACCGUCUAGCCGCAGUUGGGUCGCGGUUUCUCGGACAUGGCCUCCAUCACCUGCCGGGUCCAGUUCCUGGAGGACUCGGAUCCGUUUAUCUGCACGAACUUCCCCGAACCCCGCAGACCUCCGACGGUGGACCUGGAGGAGAACCUGCCGCUCAGCGAGCAGGUCGCCGGGAUCCACAAGCUCCUGGAGGCGCCGCUGAAGUUAGAGGACUGCACCCUCCAGCUGUCCUCCAAUGGGAACUACCUGGACCUGGACUCGUCUCUAGCCGAGCAGCGAGACGAGUUGGAGAGCUUCUAUGACGAUGUUGCGAAGGGAAAGAAGCCCAUCCUGAUCCUGAGGACUCAGCUCUCCGUGCGCGUCCACUCCAUCCUGGAGAAGCUGUACAACUCUCAGGGUCCGGAGCUCAGACGGUCGCUCUUCUCCCUCAAACAGCUAUUCCAGGAUGACAAAGACCUGGUUCCAGAGUUCGUGGCAUCUGAAGGUCUGACCUGCUUCAUUAAAGUCGGAGUGGAGGCUGACCACAACUACCAGAACUACAUCCUGAGAGCUCUCAGCCAGAUCAUGCUGUUUGUGGACGGUAUGAAUGGAGUGAUCAACCACAACGAGACGGUGCAGUGGUUGUAUGCGCUAACAGGAAGUCUGUCUCGUCUGGUGGUGAAAACGUCUCUAAAGCUGCUCAUUGUCUUCGUUGAGUAUUCAGAGUCCAACAGUCCUCUGUUUAUCAACGCCGUCAAUGUGGUGGACGGAAAGAGAGGUGUGAAGCCGUGGAGUUACAUGAUGGAUGUUCUGGAGGAGAGAAACGGUGCUGACACGGAACUGCUUAUGUUCGCCAUGACGCUCAUCAACAAGACUCUGGCCGUGCUCCCGGACCAGGACUCCUUCUACGACGUGACAGACUGCCUGGAGCAGCUGGGGAUGGAGGCCAUCAUCCGCAAACACAUGAGCAAUAAGGGGGUGGAGCCUGACCUCAGAGCUCAGUUCACCGUCUAUGAGACGGCUCUGCGGUACGAGGAUGGUGACGUGGACGACUCCUCCCCCCAUCUCCGUAAGGAAAGAAGAAAGAUGGCCGCCAUUGAGCAGGACGGACGCAGGAGCCGCCGCUUGUCCAAUCAGAACCUCCCAGACCUCCUCUCCUCCUCCCCAUCCCCCACCCCACCCACCCUCCUGUUCCUGUCUUCCACCAACACCCCCCUCUCCCCGGCCGGCACCUCCUCCAGCCCUACGCCAGGACCAGACAGCAAGACCUCGUCCCCGCUGACAUCAGAACCUGGCAGCACCACCUCCAGUCCCGGGUCCCAGAGAGGGUCUCCGCUGCCCCCCCACACGGCCCCCAACGACACCGCCAUUACGGAGUCCGAGACAAAAAUGCCGUCCAGCCCGAGUCGCUCUUUCCUCAGUCAUCACAUGUCGGCUCUGGGUCUCAGCAGGAAGUCCAGGCUCUUCUCCAAAGCCAGCUCCAUCUCUGAGGAGCCUCCUGCCACCCGCAGCUCGUCCUCCUCGGACGUCUCUCUUCCGGAGAGUUCCCCGUCCCUGUCCCAGCAGAACACGGAGCAGCCCGAGACAACGGAGAAUAAAACCGGUUUCAGCUCUGAGGAGUCUGACGAGCUCUUCCGCUCAGAGGACUGCAGAGUUAAUCUGGACAAACCGGUUCUGAGGAAGUUUCAAGGAACCUUCCUGAGGAACCUGGCAGCAACUCAGUGUGAGAAGAGACGAAGUAAACACUUGAAGCAGGCAAGGGCGUCCUCGUCUGAUGAUGUCAUUACUCAGACAGCAGAGCCAGGGAUCAGCGUAGCAGCUGAAGAUCGUCAUGAGCCAGAGGUGCAGCGACAGUGCAGCACACUGUCCGACGAUAAGAAGUUCUUGAUGGACAUGCUGUACUCCAAGACCUCUGCCACAGUGCCUAUGAGCCCGAAUGCUGCUGCAGCCACCACCACAGAAGAAGAGGGGGUCUUCAACCCCAGUGAAGAUCUGUGCGGCCGUGUGUCGGACCGCGUGUCCAACUUCAGAGCACGCUCAGUGGAGUCCACCACCACGGCCAGUGAGAGCAGCGCCUCCCGCCGGGCGGAGCUGGAGGUUCUGGAAGGUUCUGCCCAGGCGGCCCGGGCCCGGCUGGAUGAAGAACAGCAGAACCGCCACCUCCGGCAGCAGAGCAUCGACGUGGAGAUGCACGCUCGGCGCCUGGAGACCAUCCCGAUGACCCCGCUGGGCCCCGGGGGGGCCGCUGACGCCUGGGACCAGCUGCAGCCAAGCGCCGCAGCCCUGCGGAUCAAAGACCUGGACUUCUCAGACCUGCUAGAUGAGGAGGAUAUCGACGUCUUGGACAUGGACACCUUUGACUCCUCUUCCUCCUGCCUCCCUGGCCUCCCUGGCCUCCCUCCCCCUCCUCCUCCCCUUCCUCCACUGGGCAUGGCUCCACCUCCUCCUCCCCCACCAGGAGGCAUAGCUCCUCCCCCACCCCCUCCUCCUCCCCUGGGUGCUCCUCCCCCUCCGCCCUUCUCAUCCCCAGUGUCCCAGCAGAAGAAGAAGAAGACGGUGAAGUUGUUCUGGAAGGAGCUGAAGCAGGCGGACGGACCUCAGAAGUGCUGCUUCGGUCGGGGGACGGUGUGGGCGUCGCUGGACAAGGUGGCGGUGGACACCACCCGCCUUGAACACCUGUUUGAGUCCAAAGCCAAGGAGCUGACCGUUGCCAAGAAAGGACACGAGAUCAAAAAGUCUGAGAUUCUGGUUCUGGACUCCAAGAGGAGUAACGCCAUCAACAUCGGUAUGACCGUCCUGCCUGCCGUCCACGUCAUCAAGACCGCCAUCCUAAAUUUUGAUGAGUUUGCCAUCAGCAAGGAGGGGAUCGAGAAGAUCCUGACCAUGACCCCCACAGACGAGGAGAAGCUGAAGAUUCAGGAGGCUCAGCUAGCCAAUCCCGACAUUCCCCUGGGCACGGCGGAACAGUUCCUGUUCAGCCUGGCCUCCAUCAGCGCCUUGACCCCCCGCCUGCAGCUCUGGGCCUUCAAGCUGAACUACGAGGUUCUGGAGAAGGAGAUCGCAGAGCCACUGUUUGACCUGAAGCUGGGCAUGGAGCAGCUGGCGUCCAAUCAGACCUUCAGGAGGAUCCUAGCAACGCUGCUCGCCAUUGGGAACUUCCUCAACAGCUCCAACGCUAAAGGCUUUGAACUGAGUUACCUGGAGAAGGUGGUGGAAGUGAAGGACACGGUCCAUCGUCAGUCUCUGCUGCAUCACACAUGCAGCCUGGUGGUGGAAAAUUACCCAGAAUCCUCUGAUGUGUACUCAGAGAUCCCCGCCAUCACCCGCUCUGCCAAGGUGGACUUCGAGCUGCUGUCGGAGAAUCUGGUCCAGCUGGAGAGACGCUGCAAAGCAUCAUGGGACAACCUGAAGGUGGUAGCCAAACAUGAAACCAAAGCGGUGCUGAAGAACAAGAUGACCGAAUUCCUGAAGGACUGCACGCAGCGGAUCAUCAUCCUGAAGGUGGUCCACCGGAGGGUCAUCAACAGGUUCCACUCCUUCCUGUUGUUCCUGGGUCAGCCAUCGUCCUCCGUCAGAGACAUCAAGGUGACCAGUUUCUGUCGGAUCGUCAGCGAGUUCGCUCUGGAAUACCGGACCACCCGGGAACGGGUCCUCAUGCUCAAACGAAAAAGGGCUGCUCACCGUGAGCGAACCAAGACCCGAGGAAAAAUGAUCACCGAGACUGAGAAGUUUUCGGGGGCAGUGCCUCGUCCGGACAGCCCGUCUCCCAUCUCCAUAGCGACUGAGGCGGGGUCAGAUCAAGAGGAGGAGCAUGAGAACAUGAAGAACCUUCUGAUAAGCAGCAACAGCAGCCUGAGUGUGGAUCAGCGAGGCCUGAGGCGAUCCAGAGCCGUCCGCAGUCUCGGCCGGGUUGGUCCAUCUCAGUUGUCUGUAGCCAGAGAUGAUGCAAGCAGCUCCCAGGUUGAUGCCACUGAUGAAAUCAUGGAUCGACUGGUCAAGUCUGUUACCCAGAAUCCCUCAGACAGACCAUCCAGCCCCAAGACCCGCAAACGGUCCCGCCUCAACAGGAAGUCAUUGAGGAGGACUCUGAAGAGCGGUCUCACUCUGGAUGUGGUUCAGGCUCUGGGACUCAACAAGACCGGAGACAAAGUCUAACACUGAUUGAUCCAUCAACUGACUAUUGAUUACAGAGAGAUCUGAUUUGGGAUCUGAUGGUGGAGGACUGAAACAAUAAUCAGAUCAGUCUGAGUGCUCAUCUUCAUCAUCAUCUUCAUUGUGGCCUCAAGCAGAGAUUGGUGGUACAGCAUCAGUUAAUUUGGAUCCUUUAAUCUUCAUCAUCUCCCCGUCAGACUCAAACCAACAGGGAUGUUUUUAUUUCCUUCUUAAAGACAUUUUAGACAUCAUGUGACUCGGCUGACUCCUCCCCUUACAGAAAGCCCACAUUGCUCUCAUUGGGCCAGCCUGGUCAGGCCCGCCCACCACGCAGCAUCUGCUGUGUGGAGAACCCUGAUGACGUCAUUAAUAACCACCUCUAAAAUGAUUCAGGGCUGGUAUUGUCCCAAACGCUGAGCUGGACAGGUCGGGAUGGGACGUCAAGGCUGGAGGUAGAUUUCCUGUGAACAUUAAACCCACGUUGAACCAGGAUCAGAUGAGCGAACAUCCAGCUCGCCUCUCAGACAUCAUCAGCCUGUUCAGUUUCUGUGUGUUUAGUUUAGUUAAAGCUGAAUUCCAGCAGGUUGGAUCAGAAAAAGAAGUUUGUUUGGUCUUUAUGCUCAGCUAGGCCAAGCUAAGCUAGGCUAAGCUAAGCUAGGCUAAGCUAAGCUAGGCCAAGCUAAGCUAGGCUAAGGUAAGCUAGGCUAAGCUAAGCUAGGCCAAGCUAAGCUAGGCUAAGGUAAGCUAGGCUAAGCUAAGCUAGGCCAAGCUAAGCUAGGCUAAGCUAAGCUAGUCGGCUGCAGCUUGGUUUCCUGUACAAAUGAGAAGAGGAUUGCUCUGCAUGUUGUUUCCUUCUGUUACAGAAAAAUCUGAUUAGUUUUAAACUAAAAGCCAUUAAAGAAUCGAAUAAAUGAAUUUUAACGUAACUGAAAAUAAAAGCGAGGCAUGAGCUUCAUGAUGUUUCUGAAUAAACUUGAUGUUAAACUCCAGAAACAGGUGGUUCACCGAGUUGGGAGAAAUUUAAGAUCAGAUGAUGAAUUUGACGCUGUCACAGAUUUCCGGCCAACCGCCUGCCAGGUGAGCUCAGGUGUGUUUCUGUCUCUCCUACUGACUUCAGGUCGGUCUGUGUUUGAACCUUCACAGGAAAAUGAGGAAGACUCUGCUUCAACCUGAAGAUUUCAUGGAAAUAUGAAAGUUUGAAUGUUGUUAAUAAAAGUUUGAACAAAU